AUGAGUCGUCGGAAGAAAAGAGAGGAAAAAGAGUUAAAGAAGCGAAUGAAAAUGACUCAGGUAAAUAUGGGUGGUGUACCGUUUGAGCCUCGGUCUAGUCAGCCGAUUAAUAUACCUGAGUAUUUUGAGGACGACCUGGAAGAGGAGAAUGAGGAUGAGGAGAAUGAGUUUGAUGAGAAUGAUGUGCAGGACAGUGUUAGGAUGGGUGCGUAUCAUAUGAUCGCCCUAUGUACAAUCCUAGUAGUUACCCUCCUCCCCUGUUUGGUUGUCCACGGCCUGGUCCUGGAGGGUAUAUCCACAAGUAGUCGGCCUCGUCCCUCCCGCGCUAGUCAGGCAUCUCCCCCCUUCAUUGAUCCCGUGCCCCCUCGCGGAGGUCCUGUCUCCAUUGGAGUAUCUACACGUCCUUCCUCUCUCAUUGAUCCCGUUUGUCCUCGCCGAAGUCCCGCCUUCACUAGAGUAUCUACACGUUCUGUUACAACUAUUGCAUCAUCAGGCGGCAGCAGCCAGUCGAGAGUUUCUGAUGAAAUUGAUCCGACUAUAUGGCUAGUGACAGAUGAAGUACCUGGGAGGGCGGUUACACGUAGGGGUAACGACAGGCCCAGAGUACAUGACUGGAUACCACCAUCUUAUGUGGGACCGACAUCUGUGCCAGAUCGUCUUUGUCAGGUUAGGGAGCGUCUCGACAGUUUGACCGAGUUAGAGGUAAAGUGGGAGCCAUUUGGACCGGGCCAACAAGGAAUAGUUCCGAGGACUAUCUACAGUGGAUGGAUAAUGUAUAGGAACUUCCAGGAGCCAUACAUGCCGGACAGAGUUAUACGUCAGAUUGGCUACGUACAGAAUAUUCCUCGUUCGCCCAUGUCCCCUGAUGAUGCAUUCCGAGGACCCAAAACUACCCAGUACUUUGUAGAGCAUUCAGCUGUUGACACACUCAGUACUUGGAGGAGAAUCCCGGAGUCAGGGUGUAUUAAUUUGGGUUUGAGGCACUUCAAUUUCGGUGAGAUAAUAGGAGAGUGUGAGGAAGGGUACCUUGAAUGGUACAUGCAAUAUUCACAUCCAUUUCUCCUGCCGACAACUGACUCAUCUUCAGACUCCACACCAGCUAGGAGCAGUCAGGAUUAUUGGAUGAAUGAAUUGAGGAAAAUCACUAGGGACCUCAUUAAAAAGGUGAAAGUGUCCGAUCGCAAUCUUGCUGCUGAAUAUGAUGAGAAGCUGCAGGAUACGAUGGCCCGUUAUUACAAGGCCCCAUGA